AUGGGUGCUGAAGUGCACGCCUGCUGUUCCCGGUUUCUGCCGUCUAACAUUUGUUUUUGCACCGUCUCCCCAGGAACCCAGAUCAGCUGCUUCUCCCCCACCAACUUCUCCUGGCGCCAGGCAGCCUACGUGGACUCCUUCUGCUGGGCAGCUGUACAGCAACAGCCCCAGACCAGCGAUGACGAAGAAAAUGCGCCCCUUUGGCUACACAAGUUCUUCCCAUAUAUCCUCCUGCUGGUGGCGAUCCUCAUGUACAUACCGUCCCUGUUCUGGAGAUUCACGGCUGCACCUCACCUGUCCUCUGACUUGGCCUUCAUCAUGGAGGAGCUGGACCGUGCAUAUAACCGGGCCAUCAAGCUAGCCAAGAGCCUGGCAACCAACGAGGUCUGUGACCUUGGCUCCACUCCUGUUGAAUCAAACAGUGCCUGGGACCUCACCGAAGCCUGCUUCAAGUACCCUUUAGUGGAGCAGUACCUCAAGACUAAGAGGCGCUCGAAGAGCUUGGUCGUGAAGUACCUCCUGUGCCGAGGCCUGACCCUGGUCAUCCUCCUGCUGGCCUGCCUCUACUUGGGCUACUAUAUCAGCCUGGUGUCCGUCACGGACGAGUUCACCUGUAACAUCCGCACGGGCAUCCUAAGUAACGACACCACCAUCCCCAAAGCCCUGCAGUGCAAGCUGGUGGCGGUGGGCAUCUUCCAGCUGCUCAGCUACAUGAACCUCAUCGUCUACGUCCUGCUGGCCCCCGUGGUCGUCUACGCCGCCGUGGCGCCCCUGCGGCAGCGCACCGACUUCCUUAAGCCCUACGAGAUGCUGCCCACCUUCAGCGUGCUGGAUGUGGCCGGCCGUUUCUACGACGACCUCAGCGUCUACCUGCUCUUCCUGCACGAGAACCUGAGCGAGCUCAAGUCCUACAAGUGCCUGAAGGUGCUGGAGCUGCUGAGGGAGAGCGGCGGCGGGGAGGAGGCCUUCGACACCAUGUGCCUGCUGCGUGCCCUGGGCCAGGUGAAGACGGACUCCGUGGACGGCCGGGCGCCCGCCGCGCUCAAGGGCAACAGCACAGGGACGGGGCCAGAGCGUGAGAGCAACGGCAUGGAAAUGAAAGAUCUUUCUUCCCAGUUACUGGAGGAUGGGUUGAAGAAGGACGGGCAGGAGAAGGCGGUGCGUCAGCGGGUGAUCUAACGGCCCUGUCUGCUGUAACAGUGCACUGUUGAGCCCCCUCACCAUUCACUCAUUUGCUCUAAUGGCACCAGGUGACAGCACCACGUGUGAUCAAACCUUAUGAAUGUCUUGUCUCAGGAUAGCACUGUGUGCCUUAAAGAGGAGCCAGUGGGGGUCCUGGGGUGGGAUAUGUGCCAUCUAUCCUUUAUUCAGCUGUGUUUUGGAAUCGCUAAAUAUACAUUAAACAUUCGACAACUUUGAAGCAAGACAGAUGCAGUCCUCUGAUACAUUCACACAUGGCCAAUGGCUGUUUCAUGUCAGAGUGAACCACAGUUGAGUGGGUGCUCAGUGAAGGAUUGGCACUGCUCCAGUGACCUCAUUUGUGCAGCUCACAGGUGCCUGACAAGAGGGCAGUGAGUUGUUGAAACCCUCGCUGAUGAACACACCCCUACCCCCAGCGGAACAAAUACAAUUCCUUCUGAUGCUGUUCUGAGCAUUGUGGGCAAAUGACAUGACCAGGAUCCCAGGCAGUAGGCCUCAGACUGUGUUCAAAGCAACACCUUUGGCUGAUUGAACGACUCUGGA